UCUCCUGUGCCGUACAACCUGAGCCACCCUGAGCAGGAGAACCCAUCCAUGGGUCAAGCCCAGAGGAUUGACUUUAUAUUAAAGGGAAAGCGGGAUGGAUUCUACAUUGAAUGUGGAGCUUUGGAUGGAGAACUUCGUUCCAACACAUUGUUUUUUGAACGUGAAAGAAACUGGAAGGGACUCCUCAUCGAAGCAGACCCCAAGAAUUUCAAGCAGAUGUUACUGAAACACAGAAAAGCAUAUAUGUCUCCAGCUUGUCUUGCUCCCACUCCUUAUCCAACUGCUGUGUUGUUUGAGCAGCAGGAAAACCAGGGACACAUUGUUGGGAAGCAAGACAACCCUUCAGGCGGGUCAGAGGUUGGAGGAGUGUUAGAAGUGCAGUGUUUUCCCCUCUACUCCUACUUAUUGGCCCUCAAUGUUACCACGGUUGAUUACUUCAGCUUGGAUGUAGAGGGAGCAGAGUUCAGUGUUCUCAAGACCAUACCUUGGGAAAAAGUUGAUAUUAAGACACUUUCAGUGGAAUUUAUACAUGACCAUGAAGGAAAGGAGGCUAUUCAGACAUACAUGUUAAGCAAGGGUUAUUAUGUCCACUCAGAAGUCACUCAUUACAAUUGGCUAGCCAAUGAUUUUAUCUUUGUAAAAAAUUAAGUUCAAUAAUCAUCUUUUUGUAUUCAGUUGUGUUUGUUUUUUUAUAGGUUCUUAAACGAAGCUUGAAUUGUAGAGAAUUCAAUAGUUUCAACAUUCUUGUUCCCUUUCUUUUAUACAAAAGUCAUUUCUCUUUUAUAUUAGGAAAUUAAGAGUCUGCCUUUUAUAUUUCCUCUUUUAAUAAGUUGUGUACAGUGUGAGUAAUAUUCCAGAUAGUUUACUCAAUUUUUAGUAAAGGCAGAGUUUAUAUUUCUAUGUACAAUUACGUAUAUUAUGUUUAAAACUAGUCGGGUAAAAAUCAUCAAGAGAACUGCAAGGCUGGUCCUGCAGAUAACUGCUCCAUUUAUUCAUAAAUUGCAUGAUAUAUAUCACUUUUUGUCUAAAGUUGCAUAUAUAUUUUAUUCUUCUUUUUUAUGCUGUGAUGUUGCUCACAAAUAUAGCUAUUUCUAAAGGAGUGACAAAAGAAACACUUGAUAAUUAAGUACUUGCUAGCAAGUAGUCAUCUAGAUCUGUACUAUGCGUCUGAAAACAUUGCAGUGAAGUGCUUUAUGUAUUGCCCAUUAGAAUUGGCAUUUUACACUAGUUUUUUUCAGUAGGAUGAAUAAACAGCAUUAUAAGGGGAUUGUCACAAACUGGGAGAUCAGAUAUGUAUUCAUGGUAUGGAAGGAUUGAUAUGCUGGUGUAUGUUGUGUUGGGAAUAAUGUAAAGAUGUAAUUGCCCUUGUUUUCCAGUUGAUUUAGUAUUUUUUAUAGAAACCUUAAUUAGGUUAUAAAGAGAACUUUAUUUUUUCAGUUUUAUGAUAAGUCAGCCAUAUGAUUACAUUUAAUCAAAAGUCUGCAUAAAUUUUUUCUCUGGUCUUGCCUGAAAUUUUCAUAAUGAAUACCAGUGAUUGCAACUAGUACUAGGAAACAAACAAACAAACAAACAAAAAAAAAUACUCCAAAAUGUUUAUUGUCCAGCUUUAUGUCACACAAGAUAAGCGUUCACAAAAAUUAAAGGGUAAUGGAUGAGAACGGAUAAAUAGACUGGCCUGGGAGGGACAGGAGGGUAAGUAGAGAAUACUUAAUCAAAGACCAAAGACUAUGACACACCAAGGCCUAUUUCAAAACACAAUCAAAGUUUCAUAAAAUAAUGGUCACACAGAAUUUGAGUCAUUGAAUAGGGAUAUAUGGAUUUAAGGUUUACAAGUUAAGUGCAUAUAAGACAUAGAGAAAAUUAAAGAAUGGCUUGUAACCAAUCAGGAGUUGAUUAUUCUUUUAAGAAGAUAUUCUUGUCACAACUGUCCAUUAUAGAUGUUGAGAAUUAAUUCUUAUAUGCAUAAACCAAAUUGUAAAAGUCUUUUGAUUAAUGGUUUAAGUCUGACUGCAUGGUACUUUAGUUCCUUAUGGAUUACAUGGAAAUUUUUCCUAUAUGAUAAGCAUAUAAGAAUCUUUCAAUGAAAGUACUUAUUUUUUCAGAAAAACAAAAAAUGUCGCUUUAGGUGUUGUUUACAGAUGUAUUUAGGUAUAUAUCAUGAUUUAUAUUUUAUAAUCAGUCCAUUGCAAAUGUCUGUAAAACCCAUGAAUGGUUUGGCCAUACCAUGUUUAUGAUUAGGAAAUGCAUGUUCUUGAUCAUUUUUACCAGAUACUAAUUUUCCAUAGUUCCACACUUUGUGUAAUGUAUAUGAUAUUGUGAAAGUAUUAUUUUUGAUUGUGGCAUUUUCUGAUGAACUUUGUUAAUAUGAUGCUGAUAACUUGUCCAUAAUGUAUAAUAACACUUCA